AUGUCACUUACUCAUAAUUUUGACAGACUUAAGAAAUUAAAUGAAGACAAUAGUUUUUAAAUAACACUCAAAAAAGAUAUUCCAGAGUAUUUUGCGAUAAUUAAAUAUUUCAUUAAUUAAAUUAUAUCCAUCUUAAUGAUUUGUGUGAGACAUCACACCUUUUUAAACUAAAAAUAUGGAAUCUUUAACUAAGACAAUCUCUUAAUGAUUGGAAAAGUAUUUGAAUAUUUUAAAUUAUAGUCUUAGAACAAUCCAAAAUAUCGUAUUCCUUAUAGUAUAGAAAGUAUUAUUACAUGGUGUUUUAAUGAAAAUCAAUAAUUAUAAGGGUUUGAAAUCAUUAUCAAUAGAAAAAAGAAAUGGUUUGAUAUGAGUCAUUAACAUACAAUAGAGUUGAUGUAAGUUUUGAAUGGAAGAUUUCUUUACAGAAAUAUUUAAGCAUUCUAUCAAUUUUUAUAUAUUAUAGGGGUAGGAAGCUUUAGUAAAGUAAAAUUAUUAUAUUGUAUGUUAGGUAAUCAAAGUAUUCAAUAACAUUGAGAAAUAGUUCUAUGCUUGCAAGAUUCUUAAAAUGGCUUAAUUUGAUGUAUCCUUUAUUUUAAUAUCAAUCAUAGGAUUUUAAAAACGAACUUUCUAUACUUUAGUCAUUAAAUCAUCCAAAUAUAAUUAAAGUGAAAGAGGUGUAUUUGGAAGAUAAAUAGAUCUGGUUAAUAACAGACUUGGUAGAAGGAGGAACAUUAAAAGAAUAUUUAGAGAAAUUAACUGAAAUUACUCAAUUUGAAGUAUAUAUAAUUAUGAAAGUACUCACAAUUUUAAUUAAUUUUAGCAAAUAUUAAAUAUAGUUUAAUAUUUACAUUCUAAGGGAUAUGUACAUAGAGAUAUUAAACCAGAGAAUAUUUUAUUAAGUCAAUAUCGUGAUCCUUCGAAACUAUACAUGAUCGAUUUUGGAUUGACAGCAAAGAAAGAGGACGUAGCCACUAGAUAUCCAAAUUGUGGUACUCCAGGAUAUAUAGCUCCUGAAGUGAUUAAUUUUGAUCCACAUCAUCCUUAUGAUGAAUUAAGUGAUAUUUUUAGUUGUGGAGUUCUAUUACAUAAAAUGUAAUAAUUAUGUGUAUAUAAUAUUAGAAUUUAUGGGGCAGAUUUAUUUGAUGGAUCUUUUUAUAGUGAGGUGUACUUUUAGAAUCAAUAAUUUCGUUUGGAAUAAGAGUAAUUUGACUAUAAUGAAUUCUAACCACUUCUUAAAGGAAUGUUGAGAGAGAAUCCAAAUGUUAGAUUAACUGCUACUUAAGCUUUAGAAAUGUUAGAAUAGAUUGUUACUACAAAGAAGGAUGCUUUCGAAGUGGAUGUUUCCGAUUCAGAAAUACAACAGGUUAAGACAGUUUCAAUUUAAACUAUGAAAAGAAUUGAGUGUUGA